AUGAACAGCGAGUCUCUGUUACCAUAUUACACGGCCCAGAGUGGCUCCGGCGUGGGCAUGUUCAAUACCGCCAUGGGGAAGCUACAGCGACAGCUGUACAAGGGAGAGUAUGACAUCUUCAAGUACGCACCUAUAUUUGAGAGCGACUUCAUCCAGAUCACCAAAAGGGGAGAAGUGAUCGACGUGCACAACCGCGUCCGAAUGGUGACCGUGGGCAUUGCGUCCACCAGCCCCAUCCUCCCUCUGCCGGAUGUCAUGCUGCUGGCCCGACCCGCCACCGGCUGUGAGCAGCCUGCUGGGCAAGGCCAAGUCACCAAGAGAAAAAGCCGCAAGGCUGCCAAGGCCUUAGAACUGACCAGGCUCCUUCCCCUGAAGUUUGUGCGCAUCUCCAUUCACGACCGUGAGAAGCAACAGCUGCGCCUGAAGUUCGCCACUGGCCGCUCCUGCUACCUGCAGCUGUGUCCCCCUCUGAAUGCGCGGGAAGACCUCUUUGCCUAUUGGGAAAAGCUCAUUCACCUCCUGCGACCGCCAGUGGACAGUAACAGCAGCACCUACGCCACACCUGCCGAGGACAUGCUGUGCGUGCCCGCGUUUGAGGAGGAGGACCGGAGGAGCCUGACAGCAGCCGACUUCCAAGGGAAAGGGGAUCAGGACCAGGUCAGCAUCCGAAGCCUCUACGUGGUCUCUGAGGUGUCUGGGGUCACCUCUGCAGCUUUUGCUGGCGGGGAGGGAACCCAAUAUGACUCCCACAAUCCCACUGCCAUGCCCGACGUGGCCACCUCACACACAAAACCUACACAGCCUGACAAAGCGUCGUCAGCAGGGGUGUCAGCAGGGGUGUCGGCAGGGGCGGCAGCAGGCACCACGGCCGGCGCUCUGAGCCUGGCGAUAACCAAGUCUGCUGCCUCUGAAGAGCUGAGCACAGCCAUAGCAGGGGCAGCUACCAUGAGUCCAGGAGGAAACAAAACCAAGAUAGCCAUUGCGGGCGCUGCCGACAUGUCCGCAAAGAGCAUCAAAGUGGCCUUGGCAGGUGCUGCAGACAAGCCAGCAGAGUGUCCUUCCAGCACCAGCCUCUCCCCAGAGGCCAGAACGAUUACUGCGACAGCAAAAGUAGAACCUACUAGCAAGGCUGUUGCAGAAAUAACCAACGAUCCAGCUGUGGCAGCUCUCGUUUCAACCCUGCCCACGGAAGGCAGCGUGAGAGAACCGGGGAGAAGGCGGCAGCACGUGUCUCCCUCCAGGGCUGAAGCCCACAAGAGCAGAAGGGAGAGGAGGGAGCGAAGGGAGAAGGACAGAGCUCUCAGGAGCUCCCGUCACCGCAGGGUGUCUGAAAACCGACACAAGGCGGGGGGAGAUAAAGUAUUCCAAAAAUCAGCUGGCCGGUCCUCGGCCAGACAGAGAGAUGACAAAAAGGAGAAAGGCCGUGGCAGCCCAGGGGGCGGCAGGCGUGUCAUCACGCACAAAGGCAUCAGCCACGCUCCCAUCACCAAGGAGUCCAGGAUCUCUCACAAAUCGGGGAGGAGCUCGUCUACGACUAGUUCAAGUUCCACAACCAAGAGACUCAGCAGGAUCAGCUCUUUCUUGAGGAAUGUCAAAGCCAAUCUUACUACAAAAGCAGUGGCCUCGCCACAUGGUAAGGAUGUGGACAUCUUGACUAAGACGACGGAGAGGAAGAGCAUGGAGACCAGCACGGAGGUAACAGAGAGUGGCCAAGGGCUGGACACGGCUGAUAGUGUGAAACCUGAGACCAGGGAGAAAGUGACCUUCGAAGCCCUUUGA